AUGGGAUAAUUUUUAAGUUCUUAAUGUUGUGAAAAGAAGGUUGAGCCACCUAAAUCUUUGUUAUAAGAAGGUCAUUUGUUGAACUUAAACCAAGAUUAUUAAUAUUUUUUUAGUUAAGAUUGGUUUGGAGUUGAUAAGCCAUAAUUUGAACCAUAAAAAUUCAUCUUUAUAUAUCCAGGUUAUAAGGAGGAUUAAUCAUAAAUGGAAAAGUUUUGGUCAAAGGCUGAUACAAUAAAUUUAAGGCAUGGAGAAUUAGUUAGGUAAAAAGGAAAAGUUUUAAAUAAGAAAUGGCAAUAUUUAUUUAGAAAGUAUUGAAAUUCAGUAAUAAAUAGAGGUGUUCCAUGUUCUUUGGCUAAAAAAAUAAUAUUAGAUACUUUUAGAUUAACUUAUGUAGAUUGUGAAGCAGAAUAUUUAUCAGCUUUAAAGGUUGUAUUUAAAAACAAAUAAAUUCCUAAAACCUUUAAAAAUGUACCUCUUUUUGGUUGUAAUACAAAUGAAGAUGAUGAUGAAGAAUUUAAUUACUUAAAUGAAAGUGAAAAAAAAAUAUAACUAAUACUUAAAGUUUAGAUAUUAAAUUAAUAAGGAAUGGAAGCAUUAAUUCGUUUACUUUGGAUAGUGAAUAAUUUAAAUCAUUUUUUGGAAUAUAAUCCAAUGUUACUUCAUAUUAUAGUUUUACUUUUAAUAUUUUUAAGUGAAGCUUAGACUUAUUGUGUAUUGUAAUUUAUGAUAAAAGAUUCAUAAUAAAGUUUGAAUGAUAAUUAAACAAAAUAAUAAUUAAGAUGGCAUUUAAUUAUGAAUGAAGAACAUUUUAAAGAGUAAUUAUUAUUAAAUUUAUUAUUAGAACAGCUACUACAUUUUAUGAAACUGUGAGUAGAAGGAGUAAAACAUUUAAUAAUAUUUAUUAAUUGAUGUAAAAUAUUCAUUUUGAUUCUUUUGAAUUUUUUUAAGAGAUGUCUAUAAGUUUAANAUCAUUUAAUAUUUUGAAUUAAGUUCUUUUUAUAGGAAUAAAAGGAAAUGUAACUCUUGUAUUAUAGUCUAUUUAAUAAAAUAAUAUGUUCUCAAUAAAAGUAAAGAUUCAAUAAUAAGUAGUAAAAGUAAAUGAAUUUUUAAUUAUAAGUUCAUAUCUAUAUAUUUAUAUAUAUAUUCAUUCUUAUUAAUAAAAAUUAGAAUUUGUAUAUUGAAAUAUAAAUUUUUAUUUGAAUUCAACAAUAGAGGAAUGGGAUAAUUUUUAAGUUCUUAAUGUUGUGAAAAGAAGGUUGAGCCACCUAAAUCUUUGUUAUAAGAAGGUCAUUUGUUGAACUUAAACCAAGAUUAUUAAUAUUUUUUUAGUUAAGAUUGGUUUGGAGUUGAUAAGCCAUAAUUUGAACCAUAAAAAUUCAUCUUUAUAUAUCCAGGUUAUAAGGAGGAUUAAUCAUAAAUGGAAAAGUUUUGGUCAAAGGCUGAUACAAUAAAUUUAAGGCAUGGAGAAUUAGUUAGGUAAAAAGGAAAAGUUUUAAAUAAGAAAUGGCAAUAUUUAUUUAGAAAGUAUUGAAAUUCAGUAAUAAAUAGAGGUGUUCCAUGUUCUUUGGCUAAAAAAAUAAUAUUAGAUACUUUUAGAUUAACUUAUGUAGAUUGUGAAGCAGAAUAUUUAUCAGCUUUAAAGGUUGUAUUUAAAAACAAAUAAAUUCCUAAAACCUUUAAAAAUGUACCUCUUUUUGGUUGUAAUACAAAUGAAGAUGAUGAUGAAGAAUUUAAUUACUUAAAUGAAAGUGAAAAAAAAAUAUAACUAAUACUUAAAGUUUAGAUAUUAAAUUAAUAAGGAAUGGAAGCAUUAAUUCGUUUACUUUGGAUAGUGAAUAAUUUAAAUCAUUUUUUGGAAUAUAAUCCAAUGUUACUUCAUAUUAUAGUUUUACUUUUAAUAUUUUUAAGUGAAGCUUAGACUUAUUGUGUAUUGUAAUUUAUGAUAAAAGAUUCAUAAUAAAGUUUGAAUGAUAAUUAAACAAAAUAAUAAUUAAGAUGGCAUUUAAUUAUGAAUGAAGAACAUUUUAAAGAGUAAUUAUUAUUAAAUUUAUUAUUAGAACAGCUACUACAUUUUAUGAAACUGUGAGUAGAAGGAGUAAAACAUUUAAUAAUAUUUAUUAAUUGAUGUAAAAUAUUCAUUUUGAUUCUUUUGAAUUUUUUUAAGAGAUGUCUAUAAGUUUAAUGUUAACUUACUUACCAUUUUCUGCUGUUUUAAAAAUAUUCAUUAUUUAUUUAAAUGAAGGAAUUAAAAUAUAUUUUAGAAUGUUUUAUUCUAUUUUAAGAUAUGUAUCAGAUGAUAUAAAGUCAUGCAAAUCAAGCUCUAAUUUUAAAUCAAUUUUAAGAAAGAAAAUAAUGAAUUUAAAUAUAGAAGAAUAAAACAAUAUUAUAAAACAAGCAUUUAAAUUAAGUUUAAGUGAAAGUGAACAAGUAAAAUCUUUUAUGAGGACAACAGUAUCAUAUACUAAAAAUUAACCAUGUUAUUUACCUAUUCCAUCUCAGGCAUCUGACUUAAUUACUAAUGAAUAGGCAUAUAUAGUUAUAUGAU